GACUACUGGCUUUGGGAGACCAAGUCACAGUUUCACAAAAAGGAGAACAUCGAUUGGAACGUUGGCAUCAUGGACGAGUGCUUCCUGUUCCCCAAGCAUCUCAGGGAGAAAGUGCAGGUCGUACUCAAGACAGGAGUGGCAGACGCCGGUGCAAGGACGAACGCAAUGGUCAACACAAUCAUCAAGUGCAUAAACAACGUGCUUGUCAUCUCAGACCAAUAUCACAAGUACGGUCCCCACAACGCCGUCGAUGUGCUCGCAGAUCUGCCAGCAAUGACAUAUAUGAGGGAGGAGGAUUAUGAGGCGUACGAGGCGCAGAAAAAUGCCACUCGUGAUGGCGUCGAACUACACCAGGGCCAUGAAGGCUGGAAGAUUGACAAAUACAAGUUCUUGCCAGCAGUGGAGAGGGCGAUCCAGCUCAACCGCAAGGCUGAGUGGUAUAUCUUCCUCGAAUCAGACACGUAUCUCUUCUGGGACAACGUUUACCGCAUGCUGGACAAUUACGAUUCUUCAGUACCACACUACUUCGGCUCGCCGUCUCCUGGGAAGAAGCAUCGCCCCGACUCGAAGUCAGAACACGAAGAGCAGAUCUGGUUCGCAAACAGUGGCUGCGGCUUCACAUUGUCUACAGCUGCUGCGCACAGACUGGUUGAUCGUCCACACAAUGCCGUCGGUGUUCAAGGGCCUCGACUCACGAUUGAAUACGAAGACGAUAUCAGGAACGAUUGCUGCGGAGACUCCAUUCUCGGAUGGGCCCUCCAUGACAAAGCUGGAGUGGAUAUUAGCGGCUUGUGGCCUAUGUUCAACCCACGCGGGCUUGAAGACGUGCCGUUUGGCAAGGAUUAUUGGUGUGAACCUGUCAUCACCUUGCACAAGACAGACCCACACGUGAUGAAGGACCUGUGGACAUGGGAAAAUGAUCAACACCAGCAACACGAACGCCCCUUGUUGUACAAAGAUCUCCUUUUCUCAUACCUUGGCAACUUCUCUCAGCGCGACGAUUGGGACGCAGCCUUCGACGCAGGGUUCCAGCUCGACGUGAACUCCACAGUACACUCAAGCCUCGACGCCUGCGAAGCUGGAUGCUUUGCGCACCACGAAUGUCAACAGUACACUUGGCAUGGAGCGCACUGCUAUUACUCGAGGGCACUAUACAUUGGUCGUGCGAAAGAGCCGGACGGUUAUCAUGAAGAGGAGGAUCGAAAGUACGUCAGUGGCUGGGAUAUCAAUAAGAUACAAACAUGGAGUCUGCAGCAUACCUGU